AUGAGCGGUGCUGAUGGUGCCUCGCAGUACAUGGUCUGUUUGGAUGGGUCGGAGGUGAGCAAGAACAGCCUUCGUCUGGCGCUUCGUCUCCUGCGACCCGACGACGACAGUCUCCUCCUCUUGUACUGGGGGUACGACAUCCCCAACGACGAGGUGGACGCGAUGGCCCGCCUCGUGUUGAACCAAAGCGAGUCGUACCUCGCCGAGGCCGAAAAGCUGGCACGCGAGAGUGGGGCCAAGCAGGUGACCACAAAGGCCGUGCUGGGCUUCCCACGAGACCAGAUUCUGUUGGUGGCCGAAGAGGAGGGAGUGGAGAUGAUUGUGAUGGGAGCGCGCGGACUGUCGCCGAUCAAGAAGCUGCUCAUGGGCUCCGUGAGCUCGCAUGUGUUGUCCAACGCGGCCUGUCCGGUGCUUGUGGUCAAGUAG